UUCCGCUACAAAACCAGGGUGUACAAACAGACAAAUCUAGAUGAAAAACAGCUGGCCAAACUACACACAAAGGCCAGUUUGAAGAAGUUCAUGGACUACAUCCAGGCCGGGGCUGUGGAAAAGGUAGCCAAACUUGUAGACAAAGGCCUUGACCCCAACUACCACGACCCUGAUACGGGAGAGACCCCGCUCACUCUGGCCGUACAGACGGAGCCGGGCGGAGGGGAGAUCAUCAGGGUGCUGGUGAUGGGGGGAGCGCACAUCGACUUCAGGGCAAAGGAUGGCUUGACUCCUCUCCACAAGGCUGUCAGAGCACAUGCACACACUGCCCUACUGACGCUGUUGUCAUUAGGGGCAUCUCCUGAUUAUAAGGACCGCCGCGGGCUGACUCCACUUUACCACACUGUGCUCAUAGGGGGCGACACCUCCUGCUGUGAGACCCUCCUCUACCACAGAGCCAAGCUGGGACUCCGUGAUGAGAAUGGCUGGGACGAAACUCAUCAG